CCCCUCUUCUUCGAUCAUCAAUCAAUCAAUCGCCAACCACCGGCAACCACAAUGCAACAAGGCGAUCACACCCCCACCACUCCGUAUCAUCGCAAUUACCCUCAAAACCCUAAACCUAAUCCCAUCACCACCGAUCACCACCAUCCUCCGGUAACUUACGCCUCCGCCAACACCACUACUUACCAUCCUCCAACCUCCGAAUACUAUCCUGCUUACCCUCAACAGAAUCCCGAUCCUCUCUCUCCUACUGACCCUUCUUACGAUCCUCCCCCUCCAAACCCUAAUCCACAACCCUCAAUUUUCCCCAAAGUUGAAGCAUCGCAUACUCCCUAUCGAUCUCAACAGCCUUAUAAUCCACCUUAUGAUCAUCAUCAGACGCAUUCCACUUACCCAUCUCCACCCGCGUCUUCGAUUCCUCAAAAUCGUAUCCCUUUGAACCACAGUUCAAGCGUUCAGUACUCAUCGUCUCUGUAUAAUAAUGCACCUUCGGUUCCUAGUCAGGUCCAGGGUCCCGUAUAUGAGAGUCCAUAUGAGACAGGUUAUGAUGGUAAUUACGGUAGGAGCUCAUCGGAUCUAAGGGUCGGGGGUGGGAGUGCUGAUUAUCAUGGGAAGCGACCGGAUGUGGGGAUGUCUAGGUUUGAAUCAAGCGGUGGGUAUGGUGAAGGUGUUAAUGAUAUACCAAAGGCUGAUACAAGGGAAGGUGUUAAGGGUGGGGUAAAGAAGUUCAGGGUGAAGUUGUUGGCUGAAAGUGGCAACCAGAUCACCAUGGAUGUUCUUUGCCAGAUUGGAUCGGAUGAUAUCCAAAUUCUUGAUCCAUCUACCAAUCGGACUUUGAGAAUAUAUUCUCUUGAUACAGUAACAAGAUGUGAAGUGUAUGACUCAUCUACCUUUGCAUUUUGGUCGAAGAGUUCUUUAGACAUUGAGCCAAGGCGUAUAAGGCUCCAAUCCAAUAGUUACAUUACAAACACAUUAUUGGACACUCUUACAACAACAACCACAAGAACCACUCAAGCAACCACUCAGAUGACAAACUCAAAUGUUUCCACACACCAAAAAACUCUAUCCCUCCGUUACAAACUUGUAUACAUGGCUGACCAAUUAAAAUAA